AUGAAGUUGGCGUCCACUGAAUACACAACCCCUGAGAGCUUGGACAGUGCCAAUCUUGCUGAAAAGACCUCUCAACCUCCGACUGCACCUACUUUCCAGGACUCCAAUCCAUCCAUUCCACAAAUAACCACAGACGUUGCUGUUUCUGAUCCAUCACGAGUGAAUUCCAAUCCAUCCAUACCGAAUGAUCAGCCACAAGUAAAGACACACUUAUUCGCACUCCUUGAAAAGAUAUCCUCCUUCUUUCAUGUGGUGAAAGAGGUAUAUAGUACUCGAAAGAAAACGAUAUGGUUCUUUCAUAUCAUUUCUUUGAUCGCGUUUCUGUUUGGUUGUUUGAUCAUUUUCGCGCAAUUGGAACACAGUUUCGACUGGUUACGUUACUCUGUUUACAUGACCAUGUUUCCUUUUAAAACCACAGGUUUUGGUAUCUAUUCAGGUGUUCCUACCUUUAACUAUCCACAAUUUAAAAUUGCUACUCCGCUUUGGAACAGUGUCAAAAAUCCUAGCAUGAAUUUUGUCUUCGAUUUUUCUCUCCACACUGAUCAUUUAAAAUUGAACAAAGAAAAAGGUUUACAACAACAAUUACCACCCAUGAAAUGGUUUCAAUUAUCAUUUGAAUCGAAUGGAAAUUGUUUUGCAGAUCAUACCAUACUCAUUCAACAGGGAGAUCCCAAUUAUUAUUUCAGAGUCUCUAAUUCGGAUCUAAAUGUUAACUUGAAUGUACAGGUCCCUUUUCGUUCUGGCAAUUAUGAGUGUUCCAAUUUUCAAACUCCUCUUUCUCUCAAGUUUUCGAUCAUUCUGGCUGAUGCAUCCACGGAAAACCGAAUCAGCUACGAAUAUAUAACAACAUUUUGGGCGAAUGAGUUUAUGGGUUCCUUCUCUGAUGUGAAUCAAUUUGGAUGGAAGCCAGUGAGAGUGGCCAUGAUUGGAAAUACAGCAUCGGGUAAGAGUACCUUUGUGAAUGAAUUGGGAGAUUUCACAACAGUCAGCAAUCGAAUCAAAUUGGUAUCGGAUGUUUCUCAAACCAAACAAAAAGAUCACUCCACUCGAAUGGUUCAAAGAUAUCGUUUGUGGGAACCUGGUAAACAUUCCUUGAUUCCACUACCUUUGGAAGUUCAAGAUCCACCUGGACAUGACGCUGGGGUUAUGGAUCGAGUUCCAAUGUAUUUGGAAUAUUUAGUCAAAUUCAAAAUUCCUCCUGGAGUGGACAUUGUUACCGACUGUUCCGUAAAUCCAUACACGUGUUUGAAAAAUUUUGAGAAUAAUUAUGAAGAGCACGCAGAAGUCAUCAUUUACAUGAUCCCUUUCGACUUGAUUGAAAGAAUGAAAGAUAGAAUUGCAACCAAUCUUAAAUUGUUUCACCUACUUCACAUUCCAGUCAUUUUAGUGGUCACUUGUGGAGAAGAAACUAAUCAAAAAAUCAUUCAGGAUGAAAUUGAAAAAUUAGAUGGGCACAGCUAUCAUGCAGUGGUGAUUUCAAGAGAGCACUACACAAAUAAUGCUCCUUUGAGUGAGGAAGUUCAGAGACGGGUUGGUCAAAUUCUGUUGCAUGUCUUUCAUAUUGUCAAGAGUCGAAGAGGAGCAUUUAAGACUUGGACCGUGAUUGUUCGAAGAGUGUUGUUGGAAGUAGUUUCCAAGCACUUUGUGUAUGUAGCUAUAUUGCUGAUGGUGAAUGUGAGUGUCUUUUGGAUUUUAUCCCGCAAGAUCAGAAGAGAACACAAUAGUCAAAAGAUAAAAACUGAGUAA